CGCGUUCAUCAUCAUCCAGCACCACGUGCACCCGCUAAGACAAGCCGUUGGUCUAAGGCAGCCUGCCCAUACAGACGCGACCCAGGCUCAACAGACUAGCUGAGCGCCACGAAGACUAGCCUUUGAAGAUUGUGGAAAUAGCUAAUUAAACAAGUAAACCCCCAUACCAUUUUUGGUGCUUGUAAUAGCCGUUGUUGGCUACAACAAUGCGGGCUUGCAGCUGGAUAGGGAGCUACAGGUUUAAGAAUUCACCCUGCACUGUACAGGUUUCAACGGACGCUCCACAGGCCUCUGGUAGUGAUUUUGGUCAAUUUCUGCUUCUGCAAGUGCUUUUUAAUAACAAGGUGGCAUUAAACGGAGCCAUAUAGUGAGUCUUACGUUUCACUCACUGUGACAAUUAACGCUGCAAAGCACUUUGAUUCGCUGGUAUAGGUGCGCCAACCGUCGCAGGGAACUACGCCGACAGCUUUCGAAAGACACAAAAUUUGCCAUACUUGAACAAAGAACAACAUACAGAUGGUAGGAUCUUCAACCACGGCUUUUGAGACAGAGGCUGUUUGAAGGGAUCUGGAAGCGUUUUCUGCGCGCGCGCCCUGACUCGAUAUCACGCCAGUUAGUUUACCUGCUGCAUUAAAAAAACGGAUAGAACGGAUGACCGGUAUAUAUCAAGUCGCGUUUCAUCCCCUAUUCUACCGCCAAGGCGGAAAGGAGAUCCCGAUCGCCAAGCGUUCGUCCCUCAGUGCUAGGCUUGAUGGUCAGGGCUGCGGGGUGAGGUGUCGGAGAAUGUGUUUCGGACAAAGUCUUACUGGCCAGUGCACGCUUUCGCUCAAGUCUAGAACAUGUCCUGUUUGCUACUACCUUUACCGUACGGACAAAAACCGAGAAGAUUGACGUUUCAGUACUGGUUUCAAUCAUGCAAGUAUACACGAAGAUCAUAUGAAAUAAACUAUAUAAACAGGUCGUAGUAUCGCUACUCAUUGUCCAUUUCUCAGUCCAUCACAUUCUACUUUUACCACUUUUACCAUUCAAUUUAAUUUCUUUGACGCCGGCGUCAAUUUUUCCAUCCUUUCUUACAUAGCCAUCUUCGCAACUUUUCUAUCCAACACCCAACAUGAGAUUGUCUACUGCUACCUUUAUCCUUACUUGCCUCACUGGUGCUCUGGCAGCCACCCUACCCAAUGUAGCUGAGCGUGGUACUGGUCAGGGUCUGGCCGCGCGAGACGCAGCCCCAGAACUUCUCUUGCGUGACGCAGGCGCUGCCGUUGAAGUGGCCAAUUUUGAAGAGGAAGACGACGAGGACGACGUCCUUGAACGACGUGCACCUAAGAAGGGCAAAAAGGGGAAGAAGGGAAAGAAAGGAAAGAAGGCCAAGAAGGGAAAGAAGGGAAAGAAGGCCAAGAAGGCUAAGGCAGCCGCCGCUGAUGCGGGUGCUGCGAACGGAGGAGCCGCUGCCGCUCCUGCUGCUGCUGCUUAAACAUAUAGGAAUCAUCUAUAAUAUAUGCAACAUUGGCAACCUUGA